AUGCCUGAGCAUAUGCGGCACGUUCAGGAAUCUCAACGGGAUUUUCCUGGAAAUGCCGACGAAUACACUCUCCUACCUGGACGCAAGGGCCUGCGAGAACUCCGAGAUGGUCCAUCACAAAAGAAGCAGGCAGCGGCGUUCCGUGCCGCAACCGAAAAAUACCGCGCUGCGGAAAAUCGUCAAGGCUCAGGCAAUACUAACCCUGUUUAUUCUGGACAGCGCCGAGCGCACGAGGCCCCCGCCAGAUUGUUUAACCCAAGGAUUGCAAACCCGACAGACCCCAAGAAUCCAAUUAACACGCCCGACAAGGCAAUCCCGUCCAUGGACGUCAAAGUUAGAAACCCCCCACCACCUGCACGUUUUGGAAAAGGCCCUGGUAAAUCCGACCCACUUUGGGAUGGAAAGCCAGGUGAGAAAGGAAGGCCUAUAGACCCCGCUACCAACAAGCCGUAUACUACGGAGCAACCUCAAAGCCGGGUAUAUCUAGAGCCGAAGAAAACGGACGUGUUCAAAUCCGGGGGCGAAGCCGGUCCGGACAAGAAAACCGCGGGCAUUGGCCCACCCACAGAAAAACAGGCACUGACCCGACAACCUCCUCGACCGCAAAAUGGCGAUCACUGGGAGAGGAUGAAAAAGGCCGGCGAGUGGAAGCCCCCGGCACCACCUGCACCACCACCACAGCCAGAAAGCAAAGACGGCUCGAACAAGGGCCAAAGCACCUCCAAGAAUGUUGCUAACCCCAAGUUUGUUCCGCGCCCGCUUGACCCGAAGCAAAAACAGAGCCAAGAAGCCCCUGCCCGUCUUCCCAAUCCGGACAAUAAGCCAGACAAUCCUCCUCCUCCUCCUCCUUCCAAUCCUGGCAAUCUAGCAGAUACUAAAAAGACGCAACCCGCUGCAGACAAUGCGAAAAAGCCAGACACGAACAAGGCCAAACCCGCUAAUAAAACCAUUCCGCAGUCGUCCAGGGUACUUGGAUCCGCAACGAAGAAGGAUCAGCCUAAACCGACGCCCAAAACGAAACCGAGAAAGGCUGCCGGAGGACGAAGAAAGCUCGGUCGAAGGGGACAGUAG